UGUACCAUUUGACAUCGACAAUCCGCACCGAGUACUUGUUCUAACAUGUUCAUAUUAUUGCUGUGCAGUUGUUUUGCUGGAAGCCUUGCAGCAGAGUUUACAUUGCCAGGGGAAUGCCCUAAUGUCAAAUUACAAGAAAAUUUAGACCACACUAAGUUUUCAGGAGUGUGGUACAACGUUGCGAGUUAUGCCAGCGAUGGGAGAAGCACCUACGAUUGUGCCACCCUUGACUUCCAAGAGGAUAACUUAGGAUAUACCUUGAGAGAGACCUAUGUGACCGAUGACGCUUCGAACAGAACUCAGAAAUCUUACUUUGCAAGAGUCGAUCCUACCUUUGAUGCAGGCAAUAAAGCGCAAUUCAUUAUUAGCCAUGAAAAUGAAGAUCAAGUACUUCAAUUUCCUUUCUUCAUAUUGUCUACGGAUUAUGAUAAUUACGCCAUAGCUUAUACUUGUAAAACUUUAAAAAAGAAGCAACGGACACAUUAUGUGUUCACAUGGGUAUUAUCCAGAAACAAAGAAGCAUUGCAUGGAGAUACGCUCAAAAAGGUCGAGAGUUCAUUAUCAAAGUAUUCGGAAUUGGCUGAAAACCGAAAAUCAUUUGUGAUGAAGGACUUCUCUGAAAGUAGCUGUGCUUUUACCAAUGAAUACAAGAGUAAUUUCUUCACUAGUAAUUUUUGGUGAACAAUAAAAUAUUUUGAGAAA